AUGCGCAAACCAGCCAACUGUAACCACUGCGGUGUCACCCCGUCCUGCGUAUACGAGCGCCUCCGCAUGAUCGGCUGGUACCAGGUAGGCGUUGAGUGUGACCGCCUCGCCGGACGCUGCACCAUUACCGGGUGUACGGACGCCCGCAUGUACGCCCCCACUGCGCGCUUCAACAUCCCCUACUGCCACGAUCACCUCGAGGAGCUCACGUUCUGGUCCUCUGAGGAGCUGGAGGGACAGCUCCAGGCUAAGGGUGUGGCUCCGCACCUCUGGACCCACGCCCAGACUUCCCUCACUUGGGUCAGGGAGCUGUUCUAA